CACGAGCAUGCUGGGUUCCCUCGUGCGACCGCGCCCUCUUUCAGCUCUCGCCCGGCGGGCGCUGGCGCGCGGGCUGAUCCGGCCGCCGUCGCACGCGCGCUGGCCGGGCAGCGGCAGCGUGGCGGCAGCUGCGCCGUGUGUGACGCUGCCACGGCGCGGGCUCUCUGCCAUUCCCUCGGCCGCUGCCGCCGAGCCGGCAGAGGUCGCGGGCAGCGCGUCGCCGCCGGCGAGCGGCACGGUCAAUGCACCGGCGACACAGGCGCCGGACGAGCCGCGCGACCUCGCGGCGAUAGUCCCCCGCGAGGCCACCGCCGAGGGUGCGGACGGGAGCACUGCGGGCAGCACAGCUGCAGUCGGCGAGGGCGGCGAUGGGCGGCGGGCGUCGCAAGGGAUCCUGCAGGCGAGGAAGGAGGGGCGGUACAGCGCCGUGAUCGAGCUCUUUGAGGCCCUCACGGCGAGCGGCGAGGCCUCCGACGCCCGCGUGCUCGACGCGUAUGUCGAGGCGAUCGCAGUGACACGCUCCGUCGCCGAGGCGGAGGAGGUUUGCAGCGCGGCGCUUGCGCAGCGGGAGGGGAUGGGGCGGACAGCGGCGACGUACGCCGCGCUGCUCAAGGGGUGCGGCGCGGACAAGGGUGCCGCCCUCCAGCUCCUCGGGAAGAUGAAGGAGGAAGGGCUCGCCGCGGACCUCGGCGUGUACCACGAGCUAGUCUCCGUCUUCACGGCCGCGCGCGACUUUGCGGCGGCGGAGGAGACGCUGGCCACCAUGCGGCACGGCGGCGUGGCGCCGACGACGGCGACGUACUACCGCAUCAUCAACGGCGCCUUUCGGCACGACGAGGCGGCCGUCGCGUACCAAGUGCUCUGC